AUGUCGAAGCCACAAACGGAGAGGUCAGGGACAGGGGGCGGGUCCCCCGAUCUUGCGCGCUCACCGCGAAUGAUAGCGGAGAUUAUUAUUUUGCAAACCCCCCUUCCAAACGUUCCACCUCCAUCAUUUCUUGUCUCCUUGAAGGGUGCCUCUCUCGCCAUGGGUCUUUUCUCUAGUUUCAUUGACUUGUUCUGCGAGCGCUGCUCGACCGAGUCCAUCUGGACUCUCGCUCUUGUUGGCGCCCUGUCCUUCAUCUCCGUGUCCGUCGUCGUCAAUGUCCUGCGCCAGUUGCUGUUCAAGAGCCCCCACGAGCCCCCAGUCGUUUUCCACUGGUUCCCCUUCGUUGGCAGCACCAUUAGCUAUGGCAUCGACCCCUACAAGUUCUUCUUCAACGCUCGUGCGAAGCGGUUUUCACAGUACGGCGACAUUUUCACUUUCGUCCUCCUCGGCAAGAAGACCACGGUCUAUCUGGGUACCAAGGGCAAUGACUUCAUUCUGAAUGGCAAGCUUCGCGACGUUUGCGCCGAGGAAGUCUACUCGCCACUCACCACUCCGGUCUUUGGGCGCAACGUGGUCUACGACUGCCCCAACUCCAAACUUAUGGAGCAGAAGAAGUUCGUCAAAUUUGGCCUGACCUCCGAAGCGCUUCGAUCGUACGUUACCUUGAUCACCAACGAGGUCGAUCAAUUCGUCAAGACUGCCCCCGCAUUCCAGGAAUCCAAGGGUACCUUCGACGUCACCAAGAACAUUGCCGAGAUCACCAUCUACACUGCUUCGCGCUCGCUCCAGGGUAAGGAGGUUCGGGCUCGCUUCGACUCCACCUUCGCGGAAAUGUACCACGACCUCGACAAGGGCUUUGCCCCCAUCAACUUCAUGUUGCCCUGGGCACCGCUUCCCCACAACCGCAAGCGUGAUGCUGCGCAGCAGAAGCUGACUGAGACGUACAUGGAUAUUAUCCGUCAGCGUCGUGACGCCGGUAGCAAGAAGGAUUCCGAAGACAUGGUCUGGAAUCUGAUGUCGUGCGUUUAUAAGAACGGCACCCCGAUUCCUGACGAAGAAGUUGCCCAUAUGAUGAUUGCGUUGCUGAUGGCGGGUCAACACUCCUCAUCCUCCACCGCUGCCUGGAUCGUUUUGCGCUUGGCCACCUGCCCUGAGAUCGUGGAGGAGCUCUACCAAGAGCAGCUCCGAGUCUUGGGCUCCGAUCUCCCCCCUCUUACCUAUGAGAGCCUCCAGAAGCUGGACCUGCAUGCCAAGGUGAUUAAGGAGACCCUCCGUAUUCACGCCCCAAUUCACUCCAUUAUCCGCGCCGUCAAGAACCCCAUGCCUGUGGAAGGAACUCCGUACGUUAUUCCCACCAGCCACAACGUCCUCUCUUCCCCGGGUGUCACAGCCAGAUCCGAUGAAUUCUUCCCGGACCCUUUGAAGUGGAACCCCCACCGCUGGGACGAGGACGCAACGUCCAAGGUCGAUGCCAAGGAUGAGGAAGGCGAACAGAUCGACUACGGUUACGGUCUGGUCAGCAAGGGCACCAACAGCCCUUACCUUCCAUUUGGCGCCGGCCGCCAUCGUUGCAUCGGUGAGCAAUUCGCCUACGUGCAACUGGGUACCAUCUUGGCUGCGCUGGUGAGGCAGUUUAAGUUCUCUAACCCUCCCGGUGCCAACAACAUACCCGACACAGAUUACUCGUCGCUGUUCUCCAAGCCUCUGGGCAAGUCAUUCGUGUGCUAUGAGAAGCGUGGGGCCAAGGCAUAG